CGCGCACUCACACCACUGCUGUCCGGAUGCCCUCUAGUCACAAGUCGGAGGGCUCCCUCGACCACGCGUCCCCGCCGCCGUUCACUAACAACUACCCCUCGCAGACCCAGUCGCAAAACGAUCUAGGUUUAAGGCCGUCGAAUCAGGUGCAGACGCAGACCAGUCCCGAGUACACGUACAAGUCGGUGACGACGCUGCCCAAGCGCCAGCUGUGGCAGAGGAGCGCGAGCUGCCGCGAUUUGUACGAUUUCAGCUUCGAGGACUCGGGCCAGGCGAAGCGGCGCGCCGUCAAGCCGCCCAAACCGCCCACGGAGAAGACGCAGAGCGUCGAGAACCGGAAGCUGGAGUCGCCGAUCACGCGCUACGACGACCACCACGCGAUCUACAGCACGAGCUCGCGGGACAGCAGUCUGGAAAUCCACCAGGACAUCAUGAUGCCGGACCAGAAGGUGUACUCGAGCAGCUACCCGGGCACCACCACCUACUCGCAAGAGUCGAUGGAGGACCCGGGCAACUACGACCUGAGGGACUCGCAGGACGACCUCUCGCACGACAGCUACGAACUCAUCGAGAAAUCGGACGACGACUACAGCACCUCGGGCGACUACAACAAGUACAAGAAAGGGAAACCGCUGAACACGAGGAGCUGCAGCUUGGACUCUGGCAACUACCUACCUUCCGAUAGCGACUCAGAGGGUGACAAACGACACAAGUGCAAGAGCGUUUCGGACGUGCAGCACGACAUCUUCAUGAUGGACGACCCGCGGGACCUCCCCAGGGAGAUAAUCCCUCGAAAAUCGGACGGGUCGUUCUACAAAAACUACAAGUUAACCUCGCGCACGUCCAGCCAAGAAUCAAAAAGCGACUACUUCGAAACGAAAACGGGCAAAUCGAGUCGCGAAAGUCUCAAGAAAGCCGGACGGGCUAGUAGUUACGGGUCGAGGACGUCCAGUCCCGAGUCGAAGAGCGAGUACGAAGGCAAACGACGCAAGACGAAGAGUUACGAAUCGAGAACGUCGAGCGUGGAAUCGAAGAGCGAGUACUACGACGCCAACUCGAAAAUCGACGAACCGAAGUUCUACCACCACGAGUACGACCGGAAAAUCGCCUUCGAGCGGAACUACGGGACGCAGAAGCCGAAGAACGACGUCGGGGACUACCCCAAGAAAGAAGUCUCCCACGUGCACUCGAUCAGUUUGCAGAACGUCGAGACCGAACAAAACAUGCGAGUUAACCGGAUGGUGGAACAAAACACCGUUCCGAGAACGCAUAAGCCGUCGACGAAGGUGGAGCAGGAGAAGACCACCCACAUUUGGCCCGAGAGCAUCGCAGGAGUACCCACGGAAAUCCGGAACUGGCCAAGUAAACAACAAAGCGCCACACAAAGGUCAACCGAAUCGGAAAGCAACAUUUUUAGUUUCGACGAAGACAAAAUACAGUCGUUGCAGGACAGUAGCGACAUGGAUAUGUGUGACCACAGCUUCGGGGUAGUACCCAACUCCGACAAAGCGAAGAAGGCCGAAACCAAACGAAAACAAGUGUUUAUGGAGAUCGAACCGAGGAAAAUCCGCGAACCUUUGCCUCUCCAUCAACCAAUCGAGCGGACCAAGUCGGACCCGAAUUCUUUGGCACGACAGAGGUUCAAUUCGAGUACCAGACGAAUGCUUUUGAUGCAUCAGAAGUCGAUCGACCUCACCCCGGCGGAGUCCAGCGAUGAGGACUAUCUUUACAAGCAAAUACCCAGUGCUCCGCCUAUCAUGAAAUACAAGGGUACCCAUUUCGAGAUGCCCACAGCCGAAUUCGGCCACUUUGACAUCCUCAAGCGCGAAAUCGAGGGUCAGAAGACGAAAUUUGAAGUUCCUAAGAGCCAGUUCGAAGUAUUGGGUGCCAAAACGCAGUCGGACUUCAUCAACUUACCGCCGAAAAGCGAGGAUAUCCCGUAUGUGCUUCACAAGCGGCACGUGAUGAACGGCACAGCCACUAAAGAAGAAGUCAAACAAGUGUUUGAAAAGCAGGAAGAGAAGAAAGAAAAAGAAAAGAAACCUAAACCCGUCGAGUCCGAGCAACCGUUUUUGUUCACUCAGAACAUAGACCUGUCUAAAGUGGACCCGGUCACUCUAGAAGUAGACAAAAGCGAGAAGCCUGUUCAGCACAUGUCGAGCCCGAAGCGAGACAUCACACAUAUCGACCCGGUGCUACUAGAAGCCCUCAGUUCUAAACUUAGCCAAAUCGAAAGCGAUUCGCCCACUAGCUCAAAAACCGAAAGUCUGAAACCUCAACCCAAACUGCUCAACGUUGUUAAAGAGAAACCCGUUAUUGUUAAACCACCCGAACCCCCGAUCAUCAAACCACCCGAGCCCGAGAAAAAGGAAACCGAGAAAGAAAAAGUCGCCAAAGUUGCCAAAGAGAAACCCAAGACUGAAGUUAAACCCAAACGCGGAAUCAAGCCUAGAAUGCAACCCGGCAAAAAGGGGAAAGUCACGAAAACCAAAGUCAGAAUAACGUCCUUCAGUUCGGACGACGAGUCCCUGGAUUCGGACGACGUUUUCGGGAGUGCCGAAGCCACUCCGACUAGGAUGGAGUUCUCGCCGCCCCAGAUGCGUAAAGAGAUGGAAUCAAUACUGAAGUUCGAGUCCGAGCGGAAGUACUUGCAGUACACCAUGUCGUCGACGGAGGUGGAAGGAUCACCACCCCAAACCCGCAAAAAAACCGACAAGUCCCAGUACGACAACGGACUUGACCCGAACGUCGCCCAACCCGAAUUGAGACGCAUCUCCGAGCGGUCCUUCUCCAUCCCGAGCUCUGAAGACGAUCUGAACAUGAAAACGUCCGAUAUGCAGCCGGUGUUCGCCGAACCGGCUACCGAAAGCUUGACGACGGUGCAAGAAACGGAGAAGGAAGACGCGGAUAAGUCGUUAAACGACACAGUACAAGAGGAUUUAGACAAGACUGAAGUAAAUCUAGAUGAUGAGCGAGAAAAAGAGAAAUUGUUACUGCAAGCGGAGAUCGAGAACGACAUCAAGAACUUGAAGGUACCACCCAAAACGAAGAUUACGGAGAUAAUGUCACCGUCGGUGCGCAAAAAGGGUCAAAGCCCGCUGCUCUUUGCGCACGCCCGACUGAACCUAUCGGAAGGUUCCGCCUUCACGUUACUCCAGAAACAACAAGCCACUGAAUCACCUCUUCCCGGUCGACGCGCCAAAAGUUUAGACGCUCCCGUCAUCCCCGUGAAUCGUCUUCCACCACUCAACGCGUUCUCGAGCAAGGACGACACAGUAGAAGAAGAGAGUACUCGCACUCAAGUCGACGAAAUCGUGGCACCCGAACCCGUGAAACCGUCUCCAGUCGAAGAAAAGGAAGUUAAGAAAGCGGAAUCCUGUGAGGAAAAAGUCGAAAAGAAACGGACCAUCCCUAAACCCGAGCGACUCAAACCCGUGCCGAAAGAGCGCGACCAGAUCGUCCCCGACGUCACCAAAUCCAAGAAAUCCCCGAAGGUGUCACCCAAAACCCCUCCGCACAAGUUGGUCAAAGGUAAACCCAUACCAGCGCAACGUACUACUUCCUUGAAGGACGCUCCGAAGACGUCUCCAAGGGAAAAAGCUCCUAAGGCGGCAACGAAACCACCGAAACCGGCCCCCAAAUCGUCUUUAGCUAAUAAGGGUUCUCCGAAGGUGAUAAGUUCAAAGGUGACUAUCGAGAGUGUGGACGAGAAUUCGGUGGAAAGACCUAUGGAGAUUAAAAGGACGAAGAGCCAGGAAGGGGAGCCCGGGCGCAAAGUACUCCCGAAAGAGAAAGCAAAGAGUUUGGAGAAACUCGAGUUGAAGAGGGUUUCCAGUAAGGAACGGUCCAAGUCGCAGGAUGACAGCGACACUGAUAUAGCCAAACGGAAGGAGAAGCAGCAGAUGUUGUACGAAACGGCGAUCAAGCAAACCAAGACCCUCAAGAGUCCGGUGAAGGACGUGCUGCCGGUGUUCCCCCAAGUGGAAGAAAUGGUGCGUGAACGCCACGGCAAGCUCGAAAUCAGCAUCAAUACCAUCGAAAACAACAAAGUCUCGCUAGAGGAGGCCAUCAUCAUCACCAAGUCGCCGAAGAAACUCGACAAGAAGAUGGACAAGAAGUUGACGAAGAGCUUGGAGUUGAACCUGACGAACGACGACGAGUACUUCGACGAAAAACCGGUGCAACGACUGGGGAAAAGUCUGGAUUUAGACAACAGGCCCAAGGAAGACGAAGUGAUUACUUUCGACUUCAAAGCGGAGACCAUCAACAACAUGAAAGACGAAAUUUCGCCCGAAGGUGCUUUAGUACAAGAAGUCGUGAAAGCCGAGGUACACAAAGAAAGUACCGACCAGGACGUCGACGAACCCCAGGAGAAAAUCAUUUUGGAAGGGACCAGUCUAGACGUGUGGUUGUCGGUAGACGGGCCAGACCGCACUACCAGCAAACUCGACAACAUCCAAGUGAUCCAAAAAAGCGAUGAUUUUUUUGAAGAACGGACCAUCAAACCGCCGGAUUUGGGCAAAAUCGAGACGAAGAGUUCGUCGGAUUCGCAAAGUUUGGACCAGAAGACGAGUCUCGGGAAUUCGUUGGAUAUUAAAUACAUAGACGAUUCGGGCGAUUCGUCCCAUCGAUCGGAACAAGACGCUCAAUUGAUAGCCGAAAUGCAGAAAGCGUCUGAGACCGUGUCGAAAUUCCUGCGCAAGAAACUCGAGAAGCGCAAACUGGCGGCAACCCCUCCUGUCAAAGAGAUACCAGAGAACAUGGUGCGGAUCACCAGCGAGGACGAAUCUUUGACUGAAGUGAGCGACUUGAAGUGCGAAGUCGACACGAACCUUCUGGCGGUUAGCGACAGCCACAGAGACGCUUUACUCAAACUGAGUAUCGAACGCAGCCGGUCUGAAGACACCGGGUCUUGGGUGACCGUGGAGUGCGACGAGUUCUACGGUGCCGAAGAAUCGUUCGACUACGACCAAGCUCCGAUUGAUACACCAGAGAAAGAACAAGAAGCCAAGAGUCCGAUUGGUCAAGCGAAAGCGCCCGAAUCCGGGGACACCGCGAACCUUCUAAGUGCGGUGAUCAAACACAGCAAGUUGGAUUUGCUGAAACGUAGCUCGGACCAGUCGAGGUCUAGUGAUACCACGGGGUCGUGGACAAGCGGGGAGAAGGACCCGAGUCCUGGUAACAUCAAAGAGACGACUGAUGAGUCUAGCGUUAGCUGCGCAAUCGGGCUAGCCAUUGGGUACAGCCAAACUAUUGAGAAGUUCUCGAGUAAAGAGGCGCUCGAGAAGGACUCGCCGGAGUCGUCUGAACCUCCGAGGAGUCCGCGCAGUCCGCGAAGCCCGAGGAUCUGCGUCCUGGGACGUGCUUUCACCAUCGACGAAGAGUCCUCACGGAAUCGGUACGAGGAAUCGAGCUCAGAUGAAGGUCACGAUAUACCCAAAGACCUGACUCCGGUGCAGGAGGAAAGCAACGGGGUUAAGUACAAGAAGACGCCCUACCCCUUCGAGGAAAAGUGGUCAACGGAGUCGGAGUUGAGUCAACGCUUGCACCAGAAGCUGUCGAAGAAGUUGUCUUCGGGUGACAAGAGCAGCUUGUCGUCCCUGGACGAACCAAAGAACGGCAAAAGUUUGCAUUCGUUCGACCGACUGUCGUUGGAGUCGCGAAAUUCGCUAGACACCGAGUCUAGUUCGGGUAGUCUUGGUGCCGCCACGAGACUAGGAAAGUCGGCUGACAUCCCACGGGAACUUAGUUCCACGUGGCGACCCUUCCCUCUGGAUAGUUCCGGGUCGGAGAGUUUCGACGAUGGGUUGCUCCCGCCGGACCAGGAUUCCGACAAACAAGAGUAUUUCUUGGCUCGGGACGCCUCCGACUUUGCGCCUUUAACCGACGUCUGCUACAAAUCCGACAGUGACGUGACCCCAACUCGUGACGACACGGAACUACCCGACGAUUUAGCCCAUUUUCAGUCGAAUUUCGGCUACCCGAGCAUCGGCGGGUUGACUCUUACGCUAGGGUCCGGGGAAGUCCUGGCCAACUACGGGGGCGCGUUCCUAUCGCGGACUUUGUCGCGCAUAUCCGAGCGCAGCACGAACUCAGAAAAGUCGAGCCUGGAGGAGGAUUCCACCAAGGGUAGUACUCAGAGUGAUAGUUUAAAUGAUGAGUCCAUGGCGUCGAGUAACCCGCAAGUGAGUCUGAGCUCGGACCCACCCAGUCAUGCACAUGUUUCCGAAGACAAGAAGACUCCAACCAAUGAAAAACUACCGAGUCCGAGGGAUGCCCCCAGUUUCGAUCGUACCCCGAUUAGUAGUUUGUUGCAGCGGCAGAUUUCCGACGACAGACGAACUUCAGCGGAGAUGGCCGAGUUGUCGAUCGACGACAUAGAGAUUAUUUCCGAGCGAGGGUUAAAAUUGAAGAGGCAAGGGUCAGACGAUACGAUUAUCGACGAAGAGUGUUUUGAACCCAUUGAAAACAACAGGAAAAAUGGGUCGAGUAGCCAGGAGAGCGAGGAGUGGCCGCUACCUGAGAUUCCACAGCAAGACAAAGGCACGCUUUUGGCUAUGCACGAAAUUCCUAGUUCGGAUACGUCGCAAUUGACGACGCAAGUGUUCCAGCCGCCGCGUACCAACAUCCCUAAAGUAUUUGGUUUGAGAGGGUCAAUCAAAAGCCAGGACUCGGAACAAUGGCCCAGUCCCCCUUCAAGCGUCGUUGAACCACCCAUAGUAGGCGACGUAGAAACGUACUACAUGACGCCGCCGGAAGAAGCGUGCAAGGUCACGAUCGACUCGAGUACCGUCAGUACUUACGACAACGAUUCAAACUCAGACGACAACAAAACCUCGGAACUGGAAGGUGAGAAGACCCACACGUACGAAAACGUGGCUACGGAGCACAUCAGUGAGAGUAUUUCGGAGAGUUUGAGUGUGGGGGUCAGCGGGAUUAAGAUAGUACUGGAUAAGAAGUCGCAGGAUUCCAACUCCGACGAAGAUUUGAAUAUUUCUAAUUUGAACGACGACGUGUUCACGGAUACUAUUGAUAGUUCGAGGAAUGAGUUGCGGCCGCCGACGGUCAUGCGACGCAGUACUACUUCGGAUGACUCGUCGCACUCGCACUCACACUCUCACUCGCUUUCGCACUCUGGUGGACCCCCGAAAGCCGAACUGAAACCUCAAUCUCAAAAAGGGUCACACAGUUCGUACUCGGAAGAGGACUGUACUAGUUCUAUGGCGACUAAUCUCGAAGACGGUACUGUGCGGUAUGCUUUUAAGCCGACGAAGUGCACCCACAGUUCGCAUUCGGAAGACACGUCGAUAGCGCUGAGUCUGUCUGAGUGGUCGAAUAGUACCAAUACCGUUAAGUUCCAAAACUUGUCGAGUAACAGCGGUACUACUAAGAGUAGUUCGGGGUUAAAGAGCGACGAUAAUUCGUUGACGGACAUCGCGCAGAGUAUUUCCGAGUGGUCGAGUAGUAAUAGUAAGCAACAACAAAGUACUAGUUUACAGUUUCAAAAAUUGUCUUCGACUACGUCGGGUGAUAGUACUUUGACUGAUUUAAUCCCGACGAUUUCGGAAUGGUCUAGUUCCGACACUUCCAAGACACUGGUGCCUCAGCAAUUCUUCCCGACGAGUCUGAAUGAGCGUCAAAGCGUGACCCGACUCGGGUCGAGUGUGGACGAAGGGGAAUUGGGGACUCCGCUUGACCAUAAAGGUAUGCCGAGCCCUAAGAACAUCCCGUCGGAGGAUCUAGCACAACUGACUUGUGCGUUAGCGAGUCGGGGCGACGGAAAGUACUUCACUAAGUCCACGGAGAGACCUAUAGUGAUUCCGUUGCAGCCGCAGUCCGACACGGAGAAGAGUAGUAGUUCGAUUGAGCAAAAAACGGUGCAUACGCAGCGGUACGACAAAGACAAACAAAAGUACCACCAGCCGAGUACUAGGAGCACCGAACGCCCGGUUAAAGUCCCGCUCAAACUAUCCAAGUGUUCGCCGUACUACUCUAGUAGUUUGAGUUCUGAGUCGACCCCUCUCGCCAGUACUAGUCCUAUUCCGAUUAGUAAGACGGCGACGGUACCGCUGACCCGCAGUCACAAGAAACCCAUUUCGAAGAGUCUCUUCCACGCCAAGAGUCCUCCGAGCGAGAACGACUCCACUAGUUCAGUCGAGAGUCCUAAGAGUAAGUCUGAUCGGGAUCGUCGCGGGUACCGACGGAGACGGCAGAGUCAGACGCGUCGCCAGAAGGAGAAGGAGCACCACAGCGUCGAGGACUACUACUACGCGGGCGACGACGCUGGGGAGUACUAUCAGUACGACGACGCGCGCGACGGCAGUCCGUUGCUGCAGUACUCCGAGAAUAUCGAAGAAGAGGGGUACUUACCCGACGGGGACUCCCAGUCGGGCUCGGAUAUUUUCCGCAUGGAGAAGGAGGACGACGAGAGGUACGACCUAGCCGAGGGCUUCGACGUCGCCUCCAUCCCGCCUCCGCUCCUCGAAGACGAUUUCGAAGAGGACCCCUCGCCGCAAAUUUGAUUUUAAUGUGAUGUAGGAGUUUUUGUUGGGGUAUAGUUUCGUUUUGGUGGUGCUUGUUGUGGUCGUCGGCGCGCUACUUUUCGUCGUUGCGUUGUUCAACUUUUUGAUAUUUGUCGAUUUCUUCAGUUUGUGCUAACAAGAGCCAGUUCACCGAUCUUACCCCAAGCUCUGGCUCUGACGAAUCAAAUGUGUCCUGACGGGUACUGGCUGUGCGGCGAUUUUUUAUAUAGACUGCUAGGGUUAGCGAUUACGAAGGUGCCAAAGUUACGCCAAAUUUUGCGAUUGGUCUGUGCUAAACUAACACGUUUCAUGUUUUUUACGUGGCUAUUGGAGCCGGUCUGCGUUCGUCGAUGCGCACAAUACUCGUUUAAUCAUCCAAUAGUCGGAUUUUUUCACUUCUCCAAUCACUCUAAAUGUGCAAGCCACGAAGACUGAAAAUAAUUUGUACAUACAUUUGUGUCGUUAAUACAAGAGAAUCAAACAUUCUAAUUAUAUAUUUCAAUCGGGUGUUUGUGUGAUUUUCAAUUUUACGAUGUUAUGUAUCCUCUAUAUUGUUUAUUUCGACCGGGAUGGAUGUGAUAGUUGCCUUUUGUUUUUUCGUUACUACCAAAAGGCGAUAUUUUUCGAGAUGGUUUUUGGGUGCAUCGGUUUUUGUAGUGUUUUGCUCGGAAAGUGCCAAAUUUUGACGGACCACGCGCUUAGGACACUCUCAACCUUACGAUCACCAACAAUCGCGAAAAAAAUUGUACAUAGUCUGGCUUACCGUCCUCAUAAAAGCAAAAAAACGAGUUUUUGUAAAGUUAAAUUUGGUUGAAAUGUCUAAUGAAGUCCUUACGCCUCCCGAAAUACGGGAAAUUUUAAACGAAAAUCAAAAAACGUGCGCGGUAGAAAAAACAAUUAAAUUAGUAAUUUUGUUUAGACGACCAUUUGCGUAGCUUGAGUCUUCCGGGGACGGUAUUCCAGAAUUUUCGGCCCUCUCUUCGUGUGUAGUUAGUGCCAAUUUUCUCUACUACUUGAAACACUACAUAAAUAGAUGCAUUAAAAAACGUUUUACCCUCAUAGCGUUCAUCACCCUCUAGGCGUAUGAUAGCUUGACUAAUAUAGCUUAAAGCGUACUAAAACGAACUAACUAAUGGUGGAUGCGCCGGGCUUGUAGAUCCUAAUGUGGCUGAUCAAAUCUAAAACCAAGAUCGUUUUAUUUCAGCUUAUAGUUGUGUCGAAUAGUCUUUAUAUUGUAAAUAACAUGUUUUCCAUUUGUUGAUUUUUGAAAUGGUUUAAAUCGAGCUUAGACGUAGGAUGGUUUUCCGAUUUCACACGAAUUCUGUUGUACAAGACGACGGUCUAAUUACAAUUCCGACUUUGUGUUCCCGAACAAGUACAAAACACAACGCUUUUUGUACAGACGGUUAUUUUCCUUGUAUGUGAUGUUUGUUUUCCUGUACGAAAGUAGGCCUAAUUACGCAUGUAUUUUAACAACAACUGACAUUUGUAAGAAUUCGAAAGUGUUGUAGUCAAUAAUACGAUUUUCUCCAUUUUUACGUUUUUGUGAUAUUUAUAAUACUAGGGAUGUAGUUAGGUUAGAAUGUUAACAUUGAUCAUUCCCUUUUCGUUGUUUCUGUUCGACGGUGAUUUGUUAUUAAUGCUCAAAGCAUGUAAAAUCAUGUAGUUUAAGAAAGACCCACGCUGUGUACAAUCAAUUUUGUUCAUUCUGGUGACGUUUCUUAAACUGUAAUAAUCAUUUCAUUGGAAAUAAAACACAAUUUGCUUAAAUACUAACCUUUAUUGCUUCUAACGCUUCGUACUUGUGGGAUAAGGUGAGCGCGGUUCUGCUGUUCGCGAACGUUGUUCCGUGUUCGCUAACAAUUUUUUU